ACUCGUUUCUGGGAAAAAUCUCCUCUCGAAACUGGUGGUUUGCAGACGACCUCCAAUGUUGGUAUUGUUGGCGGAGCUUCGUCAACUGACCUUCCUAUUCGUACUAUAAUCUACCCUUCAUAUUAUCAAGGUCUACCGGCAAAUGAAUCUGGUGUUCUAUUAGCUUCCUAUACGUGGGGUAACGACGCUGCAAAAUUUGCUCCAUAUACUGAGGAAGAACUUUUUGAAUUUGCUUUAAAAGAUAUAGUGACUAUUCAUGGAAAAAUAGCAAGAAAAGAAUGGAUUCCUGGUAAAAAGAAUAAUAAGGCCCAUUAUUUGUCAAAUGAUAAAACCGUUGUUGGGGGUGCUUUUACUUUAUAUGGAGCUGGACAAUUAGAAUUUUUGAUAGGAGCGAUGAUGAGACCUGAAGAUUUUAUACAUUGGGCCGGUGAACAUACUGAUGUACAUGGUCCUUGGAUUAUUGGUGCUUUAAAUUCUGCUGUUAGAGUAGUUAAAGAAAUUUUGCAAGAAAAUUUGAUGAAUGAUAAGUGGUUAAAAUUGAAAAAAAUGAGAUUAUUAAAAUAUUGGGCUGGAAAUCUCGAU